CAGAGUACACCGGAAGUGGAAAGCCUCCAUUCCCGGAAGCGCAGGUGUUCCGGCCGGGCGGCUAGUGGCCAGAGGGAGAUGGCAGCUGCCCGGCGCAGGAGGCAGCGAUUGAGCUGGGCGGCGGCUCCGGCCCCCUCCCGGCGCGGGGGAGCGGGGUGAUGGGAUCGGGCCGCUCGCCCGCCGCCUUUCCGGUUGAGGAAGGUGCAGAGCAUGGAGAAUGAUGAACUUCCGCCAGAGGAUGGGAUGGAUUGGUGUGGGGUUGUAUCUAUUAGCAAGUGCUGCAGCUUUUUACUAUGUCUUUGAAAUCAAUGAGACUUACAACAAACUAGCACUGGAGCACAUUCAACAGCACCCUGAGGAGCCACAAGAAGGAACCACAUGGACACACUCCUUGAAAGCACGACUGCUGUCCCUGCCUUUUUGGCUCUGGACUAUUCUAUUUUUAAUACCAUAUUUACAGAUGUUUUUGUUCCUUUAUUCCUGUACAAGAGCUGACCCCAAAACUGUGGGCUAUUGCAUCAUUCCGAUCUGCCUGGCUGUUGUUUGCAAUCGGCACCAAACAUUUGUGAAGGCCUCUAAUCAGAUCAGUAGAUUACAGUUGAUUGACACUUAAUUCAAUCUCCGGUUUCAAUAGCUGCUUCAGGAAUGACACCUAUGUCUGACCUAAUCACACGACUGAAGUUCUGACUGGAGGUUGGAAAGAGCCUUUCCUUUCAAAUGGCUAAAUACUGAACAGUAGUUACUUUCUAUUUUUUUUAAUGCUUUUUUUUAAAGCAUGGACCCAUCAUACUAGCCAGAAUAGCAGAGCCCUGUGAGAGACUUGAUGCCUUAUGAUGCAAAAUUGCCACCCUCCCUCUGAAGUAUCUUGGGGAAGUAUGCUUCUGCAAUCAUACUCCACUGUGCAAAAAAGAUUACGUGCAAGCUUUCCCUUUGAAUCAAUGAAAGUGGACACUUUUGUGGUAAAUGUAAAAGAUUAGAACAUGCUGAUAAAAGCUGCAUUUAACACA